CAGUUAGACUUCUCUAUGCUGCCAUAUAUGACGUUUCAACUCCUGCUUCUGAACGAACAUGGUUCACUAUAUCACGAGAUCUAAGCGCAGCAAUAUCUUCAAUUAAUGGCACAGAAAACUUUGUAAGGUAUGAUCCAUGUGCUUUAAAUGGAGACCGUCUAAAGCCAGGUGUGGUCACGGG